AUGGCACGUGAACGCCAUGUUGAGCUGCAGCCGGAUUCCAUUCCAGUGGACGCUUUUCGUCGGAGUGAACGUCAGUUCCUCUUCAAUAUCGACCGCAUUGAGAAGAAGUACAGAAAUUUCGAAUUGAAGCAUCCUUGUUUGGAGGUCGAAGUUACGAGUGGAGAUAUUUAUGUCCCAGUUGGGCUUUCAUCCAGUGAAGUCCGCAAAGAAGUGGAUAAGUUCCAUGCUUUCGAAGACCAAUUCGGGCUGGGAAAGUUGGCCGCGUGUUACAAUGGAGACGAUGUGUUUGGAAAGCAGUUUAAGAAGAGAAGGGAAGAAUGUACACGUUUGGACAAAGAGUUUGCUGAGGUUUUUAAAUCAGAAAAUCCAUCAUGGCGACCUUACACUACACCAAAAAAAUCACGAGUAGAAAGGACAGUCAUCAAGAAAACAGUGAAGGAGCUAACAUUUGAGAACUCAGCUGAUUACUUCAAUUACCUCCUGAAAACGAAUGAAGUUCUAUCGAAUGCAUUCCGACAACAAGAAAAGGUCGGGUUUGUGCCUCGCUUAAGUCUUCCUCCAUGUGAUCUGAGUAUUGAUAAAGCCAACGUGGAACCUUACAUUGGAUCGGGAAUAAUGACAUCGCGCAGUUGCAGUCCAGAGGGUUCUACGGAGCGGAGUGCAAAUCUUGCAUUAGGUGACCUGCCUCCCAUGCUUCUCAGCACUGAUUGUACGAAAUCAAGGGAAUGUUCUCCUUUACGCAGUCUCUUUCCUAGUGACAUACCUUCUGUUGAAAGUGACCCUUCCCACCCCGCUUCUACAUCAAUUCUACCUCUUUCCUCCGUCAGAUUACCAAAUGAAUCCCUCAGAGAAGCGCAGGCGGAACACGGCAGCCAAUCACUGGUCGAGACCGAGAGUUGUUCAGCAUUAGCUGAGAAAUUAGUGUCUACUAUGAAAAUAAAGUCCCCAGAUUCUACUGCGGCGCUUUCUUCUGUUACUGUAUCUGUGGCUUCCAUAGAAAAGCGUCGCCGUAAGCGAAAACUCAGCCCUUCUCGUAGCACGAGUGGGGUUGAAGUUAAUGGUCAAGACAUGGUGAGCACUCCAUCUCACUCAAAGAGGAUUUUGCGACUUGAUGCCAAAGGUUCAUGUUCGUCAUUUGAUUCCACUCACAGUUUGUCAACGAAGAAACUUUCGAAUGUUGAAGAUGUCCCAUCAACUUCAGCUCCUGAAGACAUGGCCAUUACAGAUGGAAUGAAUAUUCGAAAUGAAAGGCUGCUUACACCACCGCUUCCGAAAGAAUCAACUAAGUGUAAAUACUUGACGCUACCAGCACAGUCUACUUCAAAAAACCUGAGGAAAAGAAAUACUCCUCACUGCUUAGUCAACAGAGGGACGGAGCACUCACCGAGUGAACUAAGAAGAGACACAAUAUGUCGCUCCGAUUCCACACCAUUAUGUUGCAGAAAAAGAGAAAAUUGUUCGCCUCUUGAGAUCAGUUUGGGAUCGGUUCCAAGUUCUUCAAGAAAGAAGUCACCUUUUGAGCUCACGCCCAAUGCUGUUCCUGCUAGGCGAUCAUCGGUUGAAAAAGAUUCCGGUGCGCAAAGCACAAGCAGAAAGUUCGGAGGUACGUCUGCCUUAAAAAAAGAAACGAAAAGAAAAUCUGCAGUAAGAUAUGAACGGAAUACUUCCGUACGUAAUUUCUUUGGCAAGGGUCAAGCGUCAAACUGUCAAAAAGAAGUAUGUGAUGGAAAGAAGCGCCACCGGGAACCAACAGCAAAUCGUAGAUUUGUGUCUUCAAAUGGCGUUCGUGAAGUUCAUACGAUAAAAUCAACUCCAGAUUCUACAAAAUCCAGAAAUAGCAGGGUUAAAGGGGCUGCUGUAGAUACCGAUAAUAAAGUUACGUCGAGUACCAGAAAGAAAAGCUCAAAACCAUCCAAAUCUCGACACGAUCGGCAUACGAAAAAAGUCCCCAUGUCUAUAGAAUCUAAUGAUAAUGGCAAAAAUGAAAAGAAGACAGUCAGUGUUUCUCCACCGCUCUCUGCUUCAACUCAUUCGUCACCUCCCGGCAGCUGUCCAUAUAACACAAGAUCCAGAAGCCGUCAAAAGAGAAGGUCCGAUGAUAGCGACGUUGAACGAACUGUCACACCAAUUCAGGAAGAGGUUGCCUCCAGUCUUUGGAAUGAGGACAUUCAGAAUGUUGUGAAGUGCUACCAAGAUAAUAUUAUGAACUCUGGGAAGAUAGGUACUAUCCUUGGAUUUGAUGCCAGCGAAAUUAGGAAACAGUGUGAUAAUUCGCGACGAACAGUUCUUUCGGCAGUUCUUAAUUGUGCUCAGAAGUAUCAAGCAUCUGAUGCAGCAAGUUGUGUCGAUACCGGAUUAAAAGAGGAUCGUCGUGCGAUGGCAGCUGCAAAACGUCGCAAUCGGCAACUUACUUCUGGCUACUACGUUUAA